UCGGAUUGAGGUCUCCGAGCAACUCUGCUGCUGCGCUGACACUCUCUCUCUCUCUGUGGCUUACCGAAGCGUGUUGGUGUUAACCGAGACAGAAAUCAUUCAAACACGUAAUCAAAGGACGUAUCUCAUUUGCUAGUUAAAUAAAUAAACCGUACGUCGGACGUCUCGUCAUCUCCACGGAGCUAGAAAAGUCCCCGGGACAAUGGCUGAUCAGCUGACUGAGGAGCAGAUUGCUGAGUUCAAGGAGGCGUUCUCGCUGUUUGACAAGGAUGGAGACGGCACAAUCACAACCAAGGAGCUCGGGACUGUGAUGCGUUCUCUGGGACAGAACCCCACUGAGGCUGAGCUGCAGGAUAUGAUCAAUGAGGUGGAUGCUGAUGGUAAUGGCACAAUUGACUUUCCUGAGUUCCUGACCAUGAUGGCCAGGAAGAUGAAAGAUACAGACAGUGAGGAGGAGAUCAGAGAAGCCUUCAGAGUCUUCGACAAGGAUGGUAACGGCUACAUCAGCGCAGCUGAGCUACGACACGUCAUGACCAACCUCGGGGAGAAGCUCACAGACGAGGAGGUGGACGAAAUGAUCCGUGAGGCCGACAUCGAUGGCGACGGGCAGGUCAACUACGAGGAGUUUGUCCAGAUGAUGACUGCCAAGUGAAGAGAACACUGACAUCUCUCUCAACAUCGCUUGUCCUCCUAAGAUCACCGUCUUCAAGAACCAAAAAAAGGAACAACUAUCAAAUGAGAAACUAACUCCCCUCCUCAGAAUCACUUACCUGUAGAAUUUUGCAAUUUGUGCUUCAGUACAUCCAACUACUUUAAAAGGUAUCUGUUAAGCAAACACCAACAGAGCAAUCCUUUAGAGAAGUUAACGGACCAACCUUUCAGGGGACCAGGGCCCCCGUACUUCCGACCAAGAUUCUGCUGAGUUACCCAGCUCCUGAUAAAUUUAGAGGAAAGAGGAAACACUGAGAAGGCAGAGGUGUAUGAACCCACGCCACAGUUGUUAAAGUGAAGUUAAAUUCUUUCCAGAUCAUUUCCUACCAAGACUAUUUGACUUUUCUCGCACCAGUGGCGACUCUCCAAACAAUGAAUUGAGUAUUAUUCUUGCAUGCAGCCUUUCUGUGGCGCUCUCUAGUCACAACGAGGAGGCUCUGAUUCCAUCAGAAGUAGCAGUCAGAUCGUGUACACACCGGAGGUAUAUACAUAAAUAUAUAGCCAUAUAUAUGUGUACAAAUUUGUGUCACUAUUGAUUAUUGCAAGCGCCAAAAGUUGCAUUGUAGGGUGGUCGGUUUUUCUGAUGAGAUUUCUAAUACCUUGAAGAGUUCGGACAAGAAUGGGAGACAGGAAAGAGCUGAGGGGGGGGGUUUCUCUCUUGAAGAUGUUAAAUUGUCAUGUGUUGAGUCGCGGGCUCUGCCUGCAGCACUGACUGGAGACAGCUGUAAGUUGUAUUGCUUCAGGAUGACUGUCGUGAAAACGCAACUUGAGGACUGCAGUUAAUACAUUUGUUCUGCAAACAGAUAUCCUGUUGAUACAAUAUUGAUGUAAUGCUUUUUAAAUGUGUUCUCGAAUAUUAAUAUAUUGAUGACAAACUUUGGUCACCAAAUAUAGCUCUCUCUAUAUAUUAGUGUAUCGUAAAGUUUGCAUUGCCUAUUGUUGUAGUAAAUGACCUGUGACAUGUUUUCUCUUUGGUUUUGAAAUGUGCCAUAAUACUCUUUACAAACGCCUCAACCUUCUUGCAAGACUCGUAGUUCAUAAGAAUAUAAUCAAUCUAUUUAAUAAAACCACAUAAUACAUGCAGUUGAACAUAUAUAAACUUAAACCAUGUGGAUGUUCCAAAGGUUUUGUUCAAAGAGAAGAAAAAGAAACCAGACGUCACUGUUGCUCCUGCUAUAACGACUCAUACGUUUCACUCCCAUCUCGUCCUUGUUGGUGUCUGAUCUUCCACUUGUAGUUCGGUGAAUCUUCAAUCUGCUUGCUGUUUUAAUGAACAUGAAUACAUACACUCUGUGUUCACACAUAACUAGUUGUGGUGCGGCGUCAGAAGGGACGUUCAGGAGUUGUAGCAAAUAUAUCAGCUUUAGGUGUGAGAUCAGAUUCAGAAAUUGCGAAGCAUGUCAGCUGAGGUGUCUUUUAUUCCUGGAUGUUUGAGUCGUUAAAAUCGGUCACCAUCAAGUCAGAGGUUUGGAAGGAAACAGUGAUUGGACUGUUAACUCCUGAAGGUAUCUCAAACCAUGUAAAGAUGUGAUAUAUUUUCCAUAAAUCAAUAAAUUGACUGAGCUUUACUUCA